AUGGCUGAUACUUGCAGUCCCCAAGGAUUGCCUCCCGGCCACCUGCAGUCGCCGCUCUUUAAGGUGAUCCCGACAGAGCUGCGUCUCGACAUCUACCGCCAUACCUUCGCUGGUUCUGAGAUGGUUCUGCAACUUCAAACAGACGCACUCCGAUUUUCACCAUUCCACAGCUGGUUUCCUCGCGUCCUGCGGUCUGAAUUCUUGCCAGUCGGCGGCAGACGUAGUGUUUUCCGCACUAGCGGACAGUACCUAACGUACCAGCUCCUCCUUACCUGCAAGCAGAUCUACGACGAAGCACUCGCCAUCUACUGGUCCGAAACUAUUGUGAGCAACCACGAAGGAUACUUCAGUCGCGCCCUGUUCUUCGAGCGCAUCCCGGACUUUGCCAAACUUCACAUUAAGCACCUGCGAGACGUACAGACCGGUGUCAACCCUGGUGUCAAGGCGCGGCGAGGCGUUGCCUUCAGCAGGCAGGCUUCAUUUGCUGAGGCCCUCGACGUGUUUCCAAAGCUGCAGACUUGCUUGAUCCGAGACGGGGCGUGGGAGGAGAGACCAUCCAAGGCGGUGCAGGAGGCUCUUGUCAGACAUCCCGAAGUUUACCUCAUCAAGACUUCCCCGGAGACAGAACCAUACAAGGGGCACUUUUGGCGGGAGAAUACGCAUGUGAUCUAUACGACUUACAAGAAUUUCACCACCGGCAUUAAAUGUACCGUGGCAGAAGAAACGUGGAAUCGGUUGAGACGGAUAGAUGAAAAGGAGGGGUUUCAGCGUGUGAUGGAGUUCCAACCAUCCGAGAAGGCCGGUGGUAAUAUUGAGGGUUGA